CUCCGACGGCCGCAAGUAUCGCAACUUUCUCUCUCUAAAAACCCAAAUCCAACGUCUCCGUUUCUCUCUCUCUUCAAACGCGUCUUCUUCUUCUUCAUCAUCUCUCUCUCUCUCUCUAUAGUAAUCAUUUUCUCCUCCUCUCUUCACCUUCAUUGAUCUGAAAUCGAAUGAUGGAUUCUCAUUCUAAACCAAGUUUGUGAAAGAUUCAAAUAAAAGAAGGAACCUCCUUUCUCAUCCAUCCCUCGAUUUUUUCAUCAGAUUAAUGUUGUUGACAUCUGUAUCCUGGGUCUGUGGAGUUGGAAUCGACAAGAAGAUUGCGUCUGAUAAUAUAGUCAUAAACACCGAUUUAAUGAACGAUUUGGUAGCUGGUUCUUUUGGUUAGAGAGGCAUGUGAGUUAUGGUAUCUACAACAUUCAGGAGAAUUGUGACGCCUUGUUGGAGACCUUUCGGUAUUGGAGAAGGUUCUGUUCCGGAUGAUGAUUGUAACGGCCGUCUUGAUGGUCUCUUGUGGUACAAAGACUCCGGUAACCACCUCACCGGAGAGUUCUCUAUGGCGGUGGUUCAAGCGAACUCCCUUCUUGAGGACCAUAGCCAGUUAGAGUCUGGUCCUAUUAGUUUCGAUGAGUCUGGUCCCGAAGCGACUUUUGUUGGUGUUUAUGAUGGUCACGGAGGUCCUGAGGCGGCUCGGUUUGUGAACGAGAGGCUGUUUUACAACAUGAGACGGUGCGCUUCUGAGCAGCGAGGGGUCUCUCCCGAUGUGAUCACCAGAGCGUUCGUGGCGACGGAAGAGGAGUUUCUUGGUUUGGUUCAGGAGCAGUGGAGGACCAGACCGCAGAUUGCUUCCGUGGGAGCUUGUUGCUUGGUGGGUGUUGUUUGUAAUGGAUUGCUGUAUGUCGCAAACGCGGGUGACUCUCGUGUUGUCUUGGGGAGGCUUCGGAGUCCGUUUAAAGAGAUGAAGGCUGUUCAGCUAUCCUCAGAGCAUAACGCUAGUGUUGAGUCUGUGAGAGAUGAGCUGCGUUUGUUGCAUCCUAGUGACCCGAACAUUGUGGUAGUGAAACACAAAGUGUGGCGUGUGAAAGGGAUCAUACAGGUUUCGAGAUCCAUCGGUGACGCGUACUUAAAGAGAGCAGAGUUUAACCAAGAACCGUUGUUGCCUAAGUUCAGAGUUGCGGAACGUUUUGAGAAGCCUAUAAUGAGAGCUGAGCCGACGAUAACAGUUCAUAAGAUACAUUCUGAAGAUCAGUUUCUUAUAUUUGCUUCAGAUGGUUUGUGGGAGCAUCUAAGUAAUCAAGAAGCUGUUGAUAUCGUUAACUCUUGUCCACGCAAUGGCGUGGCAAAGAGGUUAGUGAAAGCUGCAUUGCAAGUAGCAGCAAAGAAGAGAGAGAUGAGGUAUUCGGAUUUGGAGAAGAUAGAACCUGGCAUUAGGAGACACUUUCAUGAUGAUAUCACUGUGAUUGUUGUUUUUCUUCACUCUGCAAAUUUGGGGCUUCGAACUCUGGUCUCGGUCAGAGGAGGUGGUGAACUCUCAGGCAGUGCCAUUUUCUAGUCUUUUUUUUUUGUUACUCAAUAAUAGACAAAAAUAUAAUUUUCCCCCUUUUUCAAAUCAGAAAUUUGAUUUUGUUUGCUUCUUUCUUUACAAAAUGUUUUUUUAAUGAUCUUUUGGUUUGUCAGAUACUUUGUUUAAAUUAUUUUCUGAA